AUGGCUGCCUCCAAGUGGGCUUCGACCGGCCUCGGCUGGGGGGGCGGGCAUGCGUUCGAGGUGAGCCUCAAAGAAAAAAUCAACCGGGGUCCAGGACGCGGCACAAACGCGGCACAGGACGAGUUGAGGUCCUCUCCUGAUGCCGAUGACCUUGAGGCUCGCUUGACGGAGCUCGACCUGGCGCCACCACCGCUCUGCCACCAGAGGUCACAGGAAUGGGCAGAGCCGGUCUACCGCUCCGCCUCGAUCGAUCCCUCCCGGCUCUCUCUGGAGCGGGGGUCGACCUCCUUUGAGGAGUAUGAGGAGGAGCCGGUCUACCGCUCCGCCUUCAGCGGCCUGCAUCUCGACGCGUCUGCCAUUUCGGACGACGAUCCUUACUACACCGACGAGCGCUUUCACGCAGACUGGGGAUUUGUGCGCGUGGACGACCCGCGCCACAGCAGAAUCGGAUGCUGUUCUCCGACGCACGGGCUCUCCGCCGUGGGCUGCCCAGCCACGACGCCCGACGCCGCAUUCGUCUUUGACCUGCCGUGUGAGAUUUUUGACCACAAGACACCGUCCUACUCCUCCGAAAAAGAAUUUCCGGCUAACGAUCCCGUGACCAUGGUUUGUGAGUAA